AUGCAGCAGUUACUGCGUCUUGUCCUGCUAGAUUGGCUUAUAGAACGACUUAUAGAACGAUUGAUUGGUCGACUUAUUGGCCAACUGAUUGAUGGACUCAUUGAUCGACUCGUCUUGCACGCACUGUCAGAAGUAAAAAAUCGCAUGAGGAACUUUCUACUCCAUUGCAUCAAAAAGUAUGUACUGUGUCUUUGUAAUCUUCUUGACGUUACGGAUCCCACAGAUAUACGCAAUUUAAGUUAUGACCAUGGAGAAGGCAGAAUUGAUCAUCCCACCAUGAAUGAACCUCCCCGUAGUUGCAAAAGAAAAGCGAACAGUGAAGACCAUACCAGUGGUGUAUGCAGCCGAGUCAGACCGAAUAAAAUAACAGGCCGAGAGCAAAAGAAGCAUUCACUUCUUCGGCAAAAAAAGCAUCAUUCUUCGGGACUUAUUUUUUCACAACAAGAAAAAAUACAAAAACGAGAGAAAAUUAACCUCACCCUUCAUUUAUUCAUAGAACGGAACGAGGAUGCCAAUUUUGAAAAUCCUCCAACCGUUUUAAGUGCAUUUUUAAAAAAUGAUGAUAUAUCAUCACGUCAGAAAAAUGUACAAAAUAGCGACCCACGUUUAUAUAUUCAUAGGAUGGUGCAAAAUAAAUGUUAUUUUAUUCAUAGAGCAGAAGGGAUAGGCUUGUCCCUAAAAGAGUUUCCAUCAUUAAAGGGGGUGUUACACGUAAUAAUUACUCAUAAAGGGGAAUAUCUCCUUUUUUAUCUAAUCGAAGGAGAGAUCUUCUUCUUCUGUUGCCUUUUGAAUACCUCCCUUGCUGUAUUGAAUGGUUUGAUUAGUUUAUUUUUUGAAAUUUAUCCACGUUUCGCAAAUGUGUUUACAAUUAAGCAAUCACAUGUUCUGUGUAGCUACUUAGCACAUGCGUGCGAAGCGGGACUGUCCGUUUUUUUCUCUGAGUUGUGUUCCUUGCGGGGGGAUCGAGAAAGAAGUAAAGACCCAUCCUCAGUAGGAACUGACAAGAAGGAGAAAAAAGGAAAGUUAGGAAAAAAUGGCGGUGUGAAUAAUUCCAACCGAACGAGCGAAAGAGACAUACGAGGUCGUACAAAAUUGCGAUUCACCAAAAGUAGCAUUAACUACCGUUGUGAUGAACCCCAGGGGGAAUAUCCAAAACACCCGGAUAAAACUCACAAAGUUAACAUAAAAGAAACUGUUGGUGGGGAAACGUUUUCCACAAAUCGAAGAGAAGACGAAACGCGCAUGACCCAAAAUGGGAACAAGCGGAAUAGCCCCCGUUGCAUGUGCGGCAACCACGAAGGGGUUGACCAAAAUGAGAUAAACGAAAAAGAAAACGACAAGGAUAAUGAAAAGAAGGAGGACACUAACAGACGGAGAAAUGGAAACAGAAAUGGUGAUAACCGCACCGGGAACAACAACGGGGAUAGGCACAACAGCGAUGACAACAACAAUAACGAUCGGGACGAUGAGGAGGACGACGAUGACGAAGAAAUGGACGAUAAGGAGAAAGACGAAAAUGAAGAGGAAAAUGAUGAAGAUGAUAAGAAGAAGAAUCAAGAUGGUAAGCGAAAUUGUCAGGGGGGGAAAGGAGAGGUUGACCGAUCUGACGUUAUCACUGAACAAAGUGACGAACAAAAGGGCCCAUCCAACUGUGCAGAUGAUGUUAAAAAUGGUAGUACAGAUAUGCAGAGCGAUUCAAAUAAAGGAGACGGAAACGGUAAUGAAGAAGAGGGUGAAGGAGUCAAGGGCGACUCAGUGGACGAAGGCAGCAACACGUUAGAUGGUCACAGUAGUCCAGGGGAGGAUCGGCCGAAUGUCAAACUGGCUGAACCUUCCGAUCGAAAAAGCAGUGGUGUAAGUAGCUGUGUACCUAUCGACCAACGGAAUGACCAAACCGGGAAGGAGCAGAAGGAUGAGAAGAACCUCCAAAUCAUGAACAAGAUGCUGAAAAACCUUUCGUUCAUGUCCUUCAACACGGGGUUGCUGGAAUAUAAAAUAUGCGGUGUGUGCAUCUACCAGAACCCACCAUUUAUUUCCAGCAGAUUGAUGCAUAUUCCCUAUGCUUUAAAAAAAACCAACGCAGACAUCAUUGCGUUGCAGGAAGUAUAUGAUGAGAAGCACGUAGAGUAUUUAAAAAACCAGCUGAUGGCCAACUAUCCAUUCUGCGCCAGGGACAAUUAUUGCAGUGAUGUUUUUAGGGAAAAAUUUGGCGACGCGAAUGUCGCAAGGGAAGACGAAUUCGAUGAGAACAAUCAGCAGGAUGGCAAAGACGGCCCAACUAACAGAAGAGCUAACAGUUACGAAAGUGGCAAGCGAACUGGAACAACCGUCAACAACCCAAACGGAGGAAACAAAAAGGAACUGCGUGGAACAAAAAAGAAAUAUUUUGCUCUUCACCACGGAUUACUCGUAUUUAGUAAGUAUCCCAUUAUCUACUCCUUUUUUCACGGAUUCAAACAUGUAACUUAUCUGGAAUAUUUAUUCGGGACAAAAGGAUUCCUAGAAGUCGUCAUUGACGUCCCUUGUUUUAGUUACAUUACUUUGGUUAAUAUGCAUCUAGCUAGCGGUGCCGCAGAUACAGAAUCCAAAUAUAUCGAACGGGUUCGAGAUUUCGAAAUUAAGCAAAUUAUGGAAAUAGCUAGAAAUGCCGAAAAAAGAAAUACCAUCCCAAUAAUUAUUGGAGACCUGAAUGCUGCUCCCAAUUUAUGUCCAAAUAAUUAUACCUCCUUUAUUAAAAGAGGUUGGAAAGACGCUUGGCUCUAUGCUAGGAAUGUCAAAAAGAAGAAAACAAAACAACUCAUAGCGAAGGCAUUACCACGGCUGCAGAAAAAGAAGGCGCGCACAAUUUCUUCCAACAGUUGUCGUUCACUCAGUCAUUUAUUCCCUAAGGUUGGUAGCUCCCCCAAGGAGUUGGUCAAAGAGGCAGGAACGCAAGAAAGGGAAGAAAAUCACCCCAUUCUUAAUAACCAAGAGGGAGUCAGAAAUACACGUAAAGAGGAUCCGGUAGAUGGCAUCACGAAUAAGGAUUACGUUUAUAGUAACCAUUCGGUGAAUGCAGAAAAAAGUAUCUACCUUGAAAGGCCACCCUUGUGUAAUAAAAUGGACGUAUUUAAUGAUGAACUAGGUAGUAGCAGUUCCUUGCGCGUUUUCCCCACGUUGAACUGCUCCGAAAAUAACGACAGUAUAGUUUACACCAACUCAAUGAAAUCUCUCUCUAGGUUUUCCAAAAAUUUAGAAUCUUAUGAUAACAGGUAUUAUAAUGAGAGAUACACGAAGGAAAGGAAGAAAUGGAAUGUGGGUGACAAGUCCGUAGAAUGCCACCGAUCGGUUUGUUUAAACAGUACCAAUUUGAAGAAUCACGAAAGCGAAAUAGACAAAAUGAAUAGUGCACUAAAUGAGCAAAUGCAUUUUAGGAAUGGUCUGCAAAGCAGCUUCUUCGGAUGCUUUUCCCAUGGGAUGACUGUGCAUAGUAGGAGAUGUGUAGUGACGGGUGCGCCCUCUAAGCGGUUGCACAUUGUUAGUGGGAAAGUCGAAAAAACGGUUUCAAAGACGAUCUGGAGGGGAAGAGGAAAUUUUCUUCCCGCGAGCUACAAAAGAGUGAAGCAUCAUCACAGAAAAGGAUGCACCAGAGGAUGUUACCAAAUAGAGCAUCUUCCCCCUGUAAAGCAGAUUCCAUCCAGUGGCAAAAAACACUCUCUUAAAGGACAUGACAAUAUGAACGCAUCACAAAGGGGCGACAUUCCUCUCUGUAGAAUUAUCCCCAAUUCGAGCAAUGCCAGUGGGAACGGGAACUCUUCGGAUGUAAUUCCAGAGCGAAAAGGGAAGGUACACAUGCUCACUGACAAAAUACAUUAUAGACAAAUGUCCCCCAUGCGUAGUUCAGGACAUAAAGCGGUAAAUCAUCAGGAAGGAGAUCGUGAUAUGUUAGAAAGUAUCCUCCACGUGAGCGAAACACGAGAUGAUCUUUUUAACCCCUCCAUGGGGCAACAAAAUGGCCAAAAUUGCUACGCAGAUAAGAGAGUCAAAGGGGACAAAAAGGAGAAACAAAGGAAUAUACAAAGUUGCUCCACCUGUGAUGUGUUCAAAAAGGAAAGCAAAAUCGAUCAUACCAUUGUAACCCCGAAAUGCACUCUACGCAGCAAGAGCGAUGGAGAAAAAUUGAAGAUCCACAGGGAAGACGACGACAGUGAAUACCAUGCUGCAACGAAUAUGCAUCACCAUUAUAACAGCGAUCAGAAUUUAUUCUCCAGUGACAUAUCUAGUGAGAGCAACCAUUCGUAUACGGAUCUGUAUGAUGAUGAUGAGGAAGCCAACUGGUUCAGUGAUCGAAGUUCGAAUGUGUCCAGAAAUGACCUACAGGAGAGGACCGAAAUGCGUGUUCCAAUCGAAGCGCAACCCAGCAAUCUGGUCAACUGCAUGACAGAAGAGGGAUUCACAAAUGGAGACACAACGGAAAAAGCACCAGAGACGAUAAAAGAACUUCACACUUUGGAAAGUAACCAAAUGACUGAUAAGAAAUACACAAAACGAGAAGACAAAAUUAUGACACACUGUGUACCUCCUUCCGAAAUGGGAGAAAAAAGCAAAGCCGAUGAGAGGACUCCCCUGAUUCAUCCUAAAGACGCUGCCCAGGUAAGUAUGUCGAAUGAGAAGGGUGAUGACACCUCGAACCAUGCUCAAAUGCCCAGAGAAAAAGACUCCAAGCUGAAUGGUUCAAUAACCUUCUACAAAAAUCAGUUAAAUGAUCAUAAGGAGAAAGUACACAAUGUGGAUGAGAAUUGUGAAGACAAAUUAAAGACACAAAAACUUUGUAGCGCUUUUUUGAAAGAGGAAUUGGCGAGCAGGGGGGAAACUCACGAGGAAGACUCGCUUCUGAGUGAAGGAGGCACAAGAAGGGACAGCAAUGAAAACAGUUGCAACGGUAAGGUGGAGAGCCUACCAUGCACAGGUACCUACGCCACUGAAGAAAACGCCAAUAUCAAUACGAACAAAAAAGAGAAGAAGAUUAGUAAGCUAGCCAAGAAAAUAAAACAAAUGAAAAAGAAACUCCUUUAUAAAAUUCUGAGGAAUUAUGAGAGGCACCAUAAUGGCGGGGUUGAAAGGACGCUCUUGAAGGGCAAACAGGGUGAACCGCAAAAGGCAAAGCAGGACAAAGAAAGCAACUCACUUACCAUAGGUGACGUCAAGAGAAAGGCCGAAAAGAAGCAUCACUUCAUUCAUUCCCUCAACGAAGGGGAACACACCGAGAAGGAAACCAACUGCAAAGGAGAAGCAACCCCAGCGGAAGAUCAUUCACCCAAAAGUGAUGUAGCCGAGUCGAUGAAAAACCAAAUGACAAAUGAGAAAGGGAAAAAUAAGAGCGAUAAGUUCCUGCACUUCACCAAAAAAUGCUACAACAGUAGAACCCAAGAAGCGCUGAAAAAAGAUAUCUUCUAUUUUAUUAAAAAGUUAAAAUUUGAAGCGGCAAAAAAAAUAAAGCAGAAGUUUCUUACAUGUGCAAAGAAUGUAAAAGGAAGUCUAAGUGAAGAAAAGAAACUUUUCCUAAUGGAGAAGGAACAGAAAGGUGAACUUCAACGGGUUCACCAUAAAUGCCCCUUCGUUCAGAAUAAUUCAGAUAACCCAAGGUCCUUUAGCAGCAUAAAAGUGGCAGAGGAUUUUAUAAAAAUGUGUGAUUGUUCACCUAUGUCAAAAAAGGAAAAGAACCAAAGGAGUAAAAAUUAUAAUCGGGAAAAGGCAUCCACCAGGGAGGGUCCAGAAAAUUACCCAAAGAGCAAAAAAUAUUCCAUUUUUAAAAGAAGGCACAAGGACGAAAAGGACAAAUGUCACUUUGUGGAAAAUAUCAAUGAAGGCAGAAUCCCCUUGGAUGACCACACCUGUGUGAAUCCGAAUCGAAAUUCGUCCAAAAAUAAAAAAUUUACACAAGAAUUCAGUGGUGUACGCGGGGGAGAACCCAACCAGGGAAAGCUGCACAAUAAAAUGAAACUUAAUAUAAAAAAUAAAAGCUUCUUCAAAUUGAAAAACGAAGAAAACAUUUCUAGUGAUGAAUUUACGUGGGACCCCCUAAAUCCGCUGAAUGUUAUUGGGCCCCAUUCCAGGUGUAACGGACUGAGGUGCGAUUAUAUUUUCUUUCCUCCCAUCAGUUACAACAAGGGAAAGGGUGCCAGGGGGGCAAAGAAUGGCACGGCUGAAAAAGGAAAAAUUGACCAAAAGGGCAAACCACGUGCAGCAGAAAAGACGGAUGAGGAAUACAAGAUGGGUGCAGUUAAAUCGAAGUCAAGUGUACACAUGACUAAAAUGCGUGACGAUCAACAACUGGUGGUGAGUCAGGGGAAAGCCCCAAAUCGAUCGAACGUGUCCUCCGAUCCAGUUGGUGCCAGUCGCGAAAGUGAGAAAUACUCCAAUUCCGUUUUGAAUACGCAGAACGAUGCCUUCCCCGCGAUACGCAACGAAAGGGACAGAAAGGAUGACCACCAGGUGAAGGGAAAGCGAUACGAGGAAACCCUCAAUCUAAAAAAAUAUAACGACCUAAAAAUUUUGAAGAAUUACUAUAUUAAGAGUGCCAAGAUACUUUUUAACGAACCCUCCGUCAUGGUCCACACGAACAGGAAUAGCAAAAACGCCAAUUGCUGUUACUCCUUUUGUAUGAAAAUAAAGAAUGUCCAUUUUGUGACAAUGUCUGACCAUUAUGCUAUUAAGAUAGAUUUGAGGCUAAAAAAGAAUCACAAGUUUGGUCGGAGCAGAUAG